CCUAGCUCUCCCUACGGCCGAAACCGCCUACGCCUGAGCGUCCUAACCUCUAACUUCCGGUAGUAUGACUGUGAAUAUGCGCAUGCGUUAUCUCCAGUGGCGUUUGAUGUCGUUGUUCCUACACGGAUUUGGAGAUGGAUGUAUUUUUAAUGAUCAGACGAAAGAAGGUAACCAUUUUCACAGACGCUAAAGAAACGACAUCACUAGGUGAAGUAAAGAAAAUUAUAGAAGGUGUGUGCAAAGUGGAGCCAGAAAAUCAAAAGCUUUUCAAAGAUGAUCAGCCUUUGUCAGAUGAUCAUAAGAGUUUAGGUGACUAUGGUUUCACAGGAGCAACAGCCAGAGCGCAAGCUCCAGCCACAAUUGGUCUUGCUUUUAGACAGGAAGAUGGUGAAUGGGAGAAUUUGGAAAUAGCACAGCUUUCGAGUCCACCUGAACUACCAGACGUGAUGAAGCCACAAGACUCUUCUUCUUCACAUGCACAGGAACAAGCAGCUUCAUAAUUGUACUUGUAGACAUUGUUGUUUUCACCCUCUAUUAUAACCGUUCAGCUUGGCUUUAUUCUCGCUCAUCUUAUCAAAUGUUUAGUGUCACACUUUUCAACAGUUAAAUCUCUCUAGGUCAGUUUUUCCUUCAGGUAUCUUUAAACCAACAAAAAAUGUUUUGCUCUAAUAACCAUACCUGUUCUGGGUCAAUAGAUAGGCAAUUUGUGGGUUGCGUUGUUCUUCUGUUUUUUUCUUUUCAGUUUUGUUUUAAAUUUUUAUUUAAAUAAAGUUUAAAGAAUGUGUGUGUAUAUAUAUAUAUAUUAUAUAUAAAAUAUUCCUGAAGGUUACAGCAUAUAUUUUUUUUUAAAACCUGGUUUAGUCUAAUGGUUGGAGAAAGUUUAUUGUCGAGGUCAAGUCAAUAUUAUGUCAGCAUGUUCUGUAUUUGUUGCGAGGCAGUGCUUUAAAUACAGAAUACUGAAUGUGAGCUCAAAAUUUCAACAUUUCAGAUCUGUCUUUGCUAGUUCUCAAAUUUGUCAGUUGCAAGUUUUAAAACAACUAAAACAUUUAUAUUAUUUUAUUUUUUUAAUUUUGCCAAAUAAUUUCUCUUCUGGUUUUUUCCUGUGGAUUUCUGUAUUUUUUUAAAGUUUAGAUAGAUGAUUUGGCAAAUAUUUCUGCUCACCAAGAGCUAGCCCUGUAUUUGAUGUCUUAAUGUCAUGUACAAGAGGAUUAUUGAAGUAUUUGGAGGAGGGAAAUAACUUCAUGUAUAAGCCACAGUUUCUACCCUAAAGAGGGCUAGCUCUGCCACUCUCCAAAUUCGCCAGUUGUGAAUUUUAGGAACAAUUGGCGAUUUUUAUUUGGUGAAAAAAAAUUGUGAAAUAAUUGAUAUUUUGUUGGAAAAUAGUUAUAGGUUUUCCAUUUUUGAGAUACUGUGGCAAAAUUUUCUGAUCACCCAGAGCUAGUCCUGCUAAAUAUAUUGGCAUGUUAUGAAAUGUGCGACGAGGACACGGUGAAUAAGUAGUUAAUCUGUUAACUUUUAAUUGCACAGAUGAUGAAACGUGAUGCAUAUUUAUUAUACAGAAUAGAUACUAUUCCAGUUGCUCUUUUAAAAAUCCUAAUUUCUAUAUCUUUGUGUUAUUUAUAUGAUUAAUUUCAUACGGGUUAGUUUGUUACCAUUUAUGAUACGUAUAGUUUGGUUUGGCAUCCUAUUAUGAUGAUCAUAUUGACACUUCAUUUUCAAAAAUCAGUUUAUAUUUAUUUUUGUUGCUACCAUAUAGGUUGUAGUAAAUAAUACAGUAAAAUGUGUUUGCUACUAAAAUACCGAUACCUUUAAGUUCAGAAUAAUAUAAGCUAUGAGCUGAUUAUGUACAAAGCUGGCUUGGUCAUAAAUGGAAUGUGAUACAAUGUAUUAUCUUUUAAACAGCUAAUUUUGGUCAUAUAUAUAUAUAUAUAUAUUUACACAAAUACUUUUUAAAGGUUUACUGGUUUCCUGUGUUUGGAGAAAUCUGUUCAUGCAAAUAUAAGAAGAAAGCAUAGAUCCAACAUUUUAAAUGUUCUUAUUGAAGACGGAACCUUUGUUUAAAUUACAAUAAACAGUUGUUCUCAAUUAUCAAUUAGAUAUGUGUGCAGAUCUCUUUUAAGUCGUCAACGAAUGGCAGCUUCACCCAUGUUACCAUUUGUACCACAAUUCUCAAUAUCAGAAAUAACUGUGUCUAUGGGACACUAUUAUAUGGGAUACUGGGUCAAUAUAUCAGUGUUAUUUUAAUAUAUCCUAAGGAUUGUGUUGGAAGUAGUCUUUCACUAUUUAAACUAGUGUUUUCUAGCCAGCAAUGAAUUAAUGAUGAAUAUGCCAAUACAUGUAGUUAAAAAGUUUCAAAAAGCUAAUUUUAAAAAUUUGGGCCCCUUUUGUCACUUUUGUUUUAUUUUUAUUAUUACUUUUUUUCUUUUGGCUAAAACACAUUGUAUUUGCCUCUACAAUUGUCUUUUGUCCGUCUUAAAUUCUGACAAACCAAAGUCUUACAUUUAAAUUAUUUUGUUUAAGGACCAACAGCCUGCCAUUUUUAUUACGAGUAUUAGUUUAUUAUUAAUGUGUUUUGUCAUUUAAAUUGGCAUGGCAUCCAAUAGUUGAUGAUUACUUUGUCAACGUGCUCCAAUGGUGGUGUUAAACAAAGCAAACUUCAAAUUGGCAUGGGUUGGUUUGUGAAUUAAUAUAUAACUGUUAAAACAAUCCCAUUUGAAAGGUCGAAUACAUGUGUGCAACAUUGCGACUGGCACAGUAAACACGGUUUUGAAUUGAAUAACACUGUGUCACAAAUAUCAAAUCAAUUUUAAAUCCUCACAUUAAAUUGUUGCUAAAGCGCCAUGAUGGCAAUUGCAAGAUAUAUAUUUAAAAUGACAAAUAACCAAUUUAAAAAAAAAAAAAAAGACAACGAGCAAAUGACACAUUUGGUAGAUAUUUAUAUUUGUGCAGCACAUAUCACAUCUUCAUAAUUAAAUUUUAAAAUAAAACAAAGGAACCGAGUAGUUUAAAUUCUAUCUCAGUGUCUGAUGUUUGGUAUAAAACAUGAAGGAAUUAAGCAGUAGUUCGAAAUCUGUUUGGUUACAUUUACUCUUUUAAAUGUCAUGUCAUUCCGUGAUCCCAUUAAUAGCACAAACAUUUUGGAUUCUCCUAUCUUUAAGAAUACCAGACAUAAAGACAUCAUAAUGCUAUACGUGGCAGAUACAAUUAAACAAUAUAAUUGUGGAUGUUUGUAUGCAGUAUGAAUGACUAGAAUAUACUUAAAGUGGAACAUAGAAACUAAUAUUUUACAUUUCACACUGUACAGAUCUACAAUUAGUUGAAAUAAUUAUGGGUUUUUUUUAACACUGAUCCGAUUCACUAUACAUGUAGUUCUAUGAAAGUUGAAAGGAAAGGGUUUGAGAAGUAACACAGUCAAAAUACUUUACUUUUCAAGCUUAUAAAUCCUAAGUGUAUUGUGUGUUCCCGUGUCAUUAUUAGUUCUGCCUCAUUAACAUUUCCUGAGCAGAGUUUUAUAAUUGGCAUUAGCUUUUUGUGUAUUGGUGUAUUGUUUGGUGGGAUAGGCAGAAUUCUUAAAUUUUAAGAGCAUAAAGUGUUAAAACUGCAUGUGGUCCUUAUUUGAAAACAUGUAGUUAAUUACAGAGUUAAUCACCGUACACAUGUAUUUGUGAUUUUAUUUGAUUUGGUUUUCUUCUUUUUUGUAAUAUUAAAUAAACAAUGUAAAUAGUUA